AUGUGUGGUCGUAUCGCGUCACAUCGCAUCACCAUUACAUCUACCCCGCCAAAAGACUCCAAACUCAAUACGACCUCAUUUUACGACUUCAUCUUACCAUCGCUAUCGCUAUUACUAUCGACUCCCGCCCCCACACCUCCUGUCCCUACUAUCGUUCAUGCCAAGGGAAAGGAUAAAAAAAACCGGUCAUAUUGCACCCUUAUUAUCCUUGCAUUUUAUCCGGGUUUCCAUUACCCCACAGAGCGUGGAGCUGUAUGA